AUGUCGCCGCAGGCUCUGGCCACGUGGAAGUGCGAUGGCUGCGGCCAGGAGACUGCGUCUGCUGCGAGUGCUAGGGUCCGCGUGGUCGCUAGGCCACGUACCCACGCGAGCGUGGGCCCCCUGCGGGUCACCCAUCGUCUGCCCGCACCUAGGAAGAAAUCAUUUCCCCCCUCAAUCGUCGCCCAAUUUGUGUCCAGAUCGACUAGAGCUGAGUGGAUGGAGGCCGCCAGAGAUAACCCGAUCCAAACGACAGAUGUUGCAGCAUCUCUUCGACGAUCUCCAGUCCUGCUCAUCGACCAUCUUACACCUCGGAAUCGUCGACUCCUGGAAUAUGCUAAAACUAUUGUCAAAGAAGGUCGUCUCGCCUACGCCUGGUCAAAGGAGGGGAAGAUCAAGAUUAGGAAGACACCAGAUGGACCUGUCAAGACAAUCAGGGACAACAGUGAAGUGGACGAGUUCGCAGGUCCAGCUGUUGGCGGAGGCGUCGAUACCGUGGUCAGCGGCAACGGAGGAACCAACAGCGACAACGGAGGAACCAACAGCGGCAACGGAGGAACCAACAGCGGCAACGGAGGACCCAACAGCGGCAACGGAGGACCCAACAGCGGCAACGGAGGAACCAACAGCGGCAACGGAGGAACCAACAGCGGCAACGGAGGACCCAACAGCGGCAACGGAGUAAUCAACAGCAGCUAG